AUGGCGGAGGCUUUGAAAUUCAAGGAUGAAGGGAACGCCUUCCUCAAAGAAAACAAACUUAACGAGGCCAUCGAGUCUUACACUAAAGCUAUAGAAAUCGACGAUUCGAACCCAAUCUUCUUUUCGAAUAGAGCUCAAGUGCAUAUCAAACAAGAGAACUAUGGUCUCGCUAUCGCCGACUGCGAAGCUGCCAUAAAGGCUGACCCACAGUUUAUGAAGGCGUACUAUCGUAAAGGUGUGGCCCUCAUGGCUCUCUUGAAUUAUAAGGAAGCGCAAAAUAACUUCAAGAUUGUGUUGAAGAAGCUCCCGAACGACAAGUUGACUAUAGAAAACCAUAAACAGUGUGUGAAUUAUCUAAAAAAGGAGGCCUUUGAACGUGCCAUUGCUGGUGACGAGAAGCAGCUGAUCAUUUAUGGCCUUGACUUCGAUGGGAUGCUUAUUGAAAAACUGUGGGAGGGACCCGAGCUUAAAAUCACUGCACAAAAAAGCAGUGAUAAGAGUAAAGUGGCGAUUGAAAUUGAAGGUCUUGAUCUCAAUUAUUUGAAGUACAUGAUCGACCUCUUCAAAAAGGGUGGUAGAUUGCCAAAGAAGCACGUUUUUGCCAUCAUAGCCAAAGUUAACGAGAUUCUUAGAAACGAGAACUCUAUGGUCGAGAUCAGCUUACCACACUCACAAAUAGACAAGCUGACCUUACCCAAGGAUGAAAUUAUCUUGGAAAAUGCCAAGAAGUUGACCGUAGUGGGUGAUACGCACGGCCAGUUUUAUGACGUCUUGAACCUUUUCCAAAAAUUUGGCUUCGUUUCAGAAGAGCAUAUUUAUCUAUUCAAUGGAGACUUUGUGGACAGAGGCUCUUGGUCUUGUGAGGUUGCCUUGUACUUAUAUGUUCUUAAGAUUUUAUACCCUCGCUCUAUGUUCAUAAAUCGUGGUAAUCAUGAAACGAACGAUAUGAACAAGACGUACGGCUUCACUGACGAGUGCGAAGUCAAGUAUUCGAAGAAAGUGUUCGAUGCGUUUGCUGAAUCUUUUGGUGCUUUACCCUUAGCCACCUUGAUCAAUAGGUCAUAUUUGGUAAUGCAUGGUGGUCUCUUCUCGAACGACCAAGUCACUCUCGACGACAUCAAGAGUAUCAAUCGUUUUCCAAGCUCGGGUUCCUCACAGCCACCACGUGAGGGUUUGGCUAUGGAACUCUUGUGGACUGAUCCACAGCCCGAGAACGGUAGGUCGCCCUCGAAGCGUGGAUUGGGUAUUCAGUUCGGACCUGAUAUCACCGAAAGGUUCUGCCUCAACAACAAGAUUCGCAAGGUGUUGCGCUCGCACGAAGUUAGAAUGGACGGAUAUGAAUACGAGCACAAAGGCAGACUCAUCACUGUUUUCAGUGCACCCAAUUAUUGCGACGCCACCGGAAAUAAAGGUGCUGUGGUACACUUUACUGAAAACAAAGACUACGACAAAUCCAAAGAUACAGGCGAAGGCUACAGAGAUGCGGAAGAUUCUAACUGUCCUUGGACACUAAAUCUGGAAACAUUUGACGCUGUCCCACACCCAGAUAUCAAACCCAUGGCUUACUCUAAAGCAGGGUUCGGAUUCUAA